AUGUACACUUCCUCUACAAACAGCUCGUACUCUUCGAGCAACGCCUCUUCAGACCCAAACCUCCCAUAUCAACAACCUCAACCAGUCUCAGCCAUCUCCCUGGGCUCUCAACACCCUCGUCGCACGCCAAUGGUCCCUAAAUAUCCUCGUUUCUACUCCUCUCCCAUGGAAGAAGCCCCAGACUCAACCCCACUCAACCUCUACGGCCUCGAGCAACGUCCCCUCUCUAUCAUCGAAAAACCAAAGCUUCUCCGCCGUGUCUCCCACGCCUUAGACGAUAUCAAAGAGGACUUGGCUUACCAGCUUGCUGACAGCGACGCUGCUGCAAAGCUUAAGCGCCGCUCUACGCUCUUCCUGGAUGGAUCUUUCAACGCGCCCAGCAACGCGCCCAACUCCAGACCUGGAACCGUUAAUGGUCCCCCUCGCUCAAGACCGAUGUCGAUCAUUUCUAUGGAUACCUGGUCUGCGCCGCAGCGUGGAUUGAGUCGGCGCCUCUCCAGACGUCUGUCUAUCUUUAGUCGUGGUAAGGGCGACACUCGUCCUAACACAGCUAGUAUCUCUACGCCUAAUCUUAUUGGGUCUUCUGCGCUGGCGAACUAA